AUUUAUCGUACUUUGAAUUAAACACGAAAAUGCUUAUAAACCCCUUUCCUUUUCCCGUGAAAUCCUGUGCCAAACCACAAUAAGGGUGGUUUGAACCAAAAUUCAUUUCUCAAUUUUUUAGGGGAAAUGCGUAGCUUCAAACACAGGAAUUUGCGGCUGAGUAUAGCAAACAGUGUGUGUUUGUUAUCACGGUUUAAAAACGGGAGGAAUAUUUAGUUACAAAGGAGGUGAAUCUCCUCGUUACGCAGGAACGGAGAGAGGUAUAGUGUAGUGAAAACACAAUGGACUGGAUCCAAUAACACAAAAGUAGUGGGGGUUUGUUUUCAGCUGCUGGCUGGAUAUUAUUUUGAAGGUAAUUUGUAAAAGUGCUGGCUACGACUUGCCCUAACAUUAAAUUGGGUAUCCUUUGGAAUUAUUCUUUCCCUGCUGAUGCAUAAGCUCAUUUCCUUUUUGAAAGAGGAGCAAAACGAUAAUCUAGUUGCAUGAAUUGAUUUCCGAAGGAAAAGAAAAAAAAAAAAAAAAAAAGGUUAAUUGCGGGGGCAUAUAAAGCUCAAUGUGUUUGCGAGUUUUGGCUAAAAGCAAUUUGGAGGGGCACAAAGUUUUUGCAUACAAGUGUCUUUUACAUUAGUGUUCAAUUGCGUGACAAAUACUUCUGGAGUUAUAAUGGCUCCUAAUCCAAGAGUCAUUAACGCCUAUAAUGCCAUGAGUUCCUUAGGAAUUUCUGUUGAAGAGGUGAAACCGGUGUUGAAAAGAUUGUUACAAUUGUAUCAGAAUAACUGGGAACUUAUUGAAGAAGACAAUUAUCGUACACUUAUAGAUGCAUACUUUGAAUUGAAGGAGGAAGAUAAGCAAGCAGAAGGUAAGAGAAAAGCUCUAAUCAAUUAUCCUGAUGGGGAAAGGCCAAAACAGAAACUGCAUUUGGUGGAUGGAGAUGACCAGGUUUCAUCAUCUGACAACUCAAAACAAGAGUUGUCUGCAGAAAACACUGAGAUACAUUCAAAGACUUUUAAACAGGAAAUUGUUGAACCUUCUCAACCCUGCAUUGGAGAUAUAGAGGCCACAUCCAGUUCACAAAAAUUGCGCACAAUGUUGAAUGAGGGAGAAAGAAUCUCACCUUUACCUUGCAAGGUUGCUAGAGAUGGAAAAUUGCAUCCUGAGAAAGCUUCAGCUGCAGGGCAUUGUGAAGAUCCAAUUGAUAAAGCUAGCAAUCCUCAUUUCCAUAGGAAAAAUAUUUCAAGUGAUCAUCAUCAGAAGGAGCUUAUGGCACCAAGAACUGCGAAACACAAGUUACAUCUUGGACCUGUUUCAAAGAGUUACGAUGGCUCAUCUGAUGUUUCAAAAGGAAAUCUUCAUGCCAAAUCUCUGUUAGCUCUGUUUCAUAAUGUGCACAAGAAAGGUGAUAGCUCAGCUUGCAAUAAUAACAACAGAACUCAGAAGGGUGAUAUUAACAUUGCUUCUUCACCUUUGGGAGAAGUUAAAAUUUUUUUAAACUGCGAUGCUGCUUUGAGACAACCAAAAUUCCAUAUUCCUGAUUUGGAUGCUGUUAUGAAGUCCAUGGAGGAGAAAUACCUGAAGGGUUACAAGAUCGUUGAGCCUCAAUCAUCUAUGGUGAAGGUAUUAGAUGAUUUAUGUGGAAGUUACUUGAAGCUGGGCUUGAAUUUAAAUCGAAAGGGGUCACACAAUGUGACAUGUCUGCCACAGCAAGCAGUUACUGAACAUGAAAAUAAUUCCUUUCACUUUGUCAGUGACCUUACAAAAGGUUCAGAGAAUGUUAAAAUAUCAUUGUUAGAUGAAACUGGAAGUGAGGACUUGCCAAAGUUUAAUUACAUACCCAAUAAUGUAAUAUAUCAAGAUGCUAACGUGAAUAUUUCACUUGCUCGUAUUGCGGAUGAGGGUUGCUGUGCUGAUUGUGCUGGCGACUGUCUUUCCUUACCUUUUCCUUGUGCAUGUGCUCAAGAAACAGGUGGGGAGUUUGCUUACACUCCACAAGGUUUGUUGAAUGAAGACUUUUUAACAGUUUGCAUGUCUAUGAAAAUGGAACCACAAGAUCAUCAUUUUGUAUAUUGCCAAGUAUGCCCACUGGAGAGGUCUAAGAAUGACAACAAAACUGAACCAUGCAAGGGGCAUCUGGUUAGGAAGUUUAUCAAGGAAUGCUGGAGGAAAUGUGGAUGUGACAUGCAGUGUGGAAAUCGGGUAGUGCAACGAGGCUUAGGAUGUAAAUUGCAGGUGUUUUUGACUGGAGAAGGUAAGGGAUGGGGCGUCAGAGCUCUAGAAUAUUUGCCUAAGGGAUGUUUUGUAUGUGAAUAUGCCGGGGAAAUAUUAACCAAUACAGAAUUAUAUGAAAGGAUUGUGCAGAACAGCAGCAAUGAUAGACAUACAUAUCCUGUAACCCUUGAUGCAGACUGGGGCUCGGAAGGGGUGUUAAAGGAUGAAGAAGCACUAUGCUUAGAUGCAACAUAUAAUGGAAAUGUUGCAAGGUUUAUCAAUCAUAGAUGCUGGGAUGCAAAUCUGAUAGACAUUCCCGUUGAAGUGGAAACUCCUGAUCGUCACUAUUAUCAUCUGGCACUCUUUACAAACAGAAAUGUAAACGCAUACGAGGAGUUGACAUGGGACUAUUGUAUUGACUUUGAUGAUCAUGAACAUCCUAUUCAAGCAUUUAAGUGUUGUUGUGGAAGUGCAUUCUGCCGUGAUAAGAAACAAAAAGGAACUAAUAGAUCAUUGAAAGGUAAAAAACACAGGGAAUAAAGGUGAAAGACUCCCCACUCAGGGAGACACAUGCUUACGGACGGACUAAAUAGUUGACAUUUUUUCGUUCGUUGUUUGUUUUCAUUUACCAUCUAUUUGCUGAAAGUUAGCGAUAACUGUUUUUCAAAGCAGCUUUUUAUGCUUGCUGGAGCAGUAAAUGCUAGUCAUAUAGAUGGUUUUUUUUUAGACA